AUGGCCAAGAUCUAUCCACUGCGGACCCGGUUGCUUACCCUGCCCGGGAAAUCCUUGCUAGGUAUUCCACCCGCGCCCGCGGAUGCUCCAAGCCCGACUACUUCCAAGGGCUCUAACGACCAACGAGGAAGUGGCAACGAAAUUGCGGCCAAGAUGCGUAGUCUUGGGACUAAAUGGCCGUUUACACAGCACCAAGACCAAGGCUAA